GUUGCAAUUUUGUGCAUGAUCAUCAUGACCAGAGGUGACUCACCGAAACCAAAGACUUUCCGCCAUGACUACGCCACCUACAAAAAUGUCUGCCGGGAAAUGGGUUGGGUGCCAAAGUGUGAAUGUCAUAAGGAAACCAAGAAAGGCAGUGUUGCAUUUUCGGCUUAUCAAUCAACUACUAAAAGUUACAAACAACACGAAACAUGGAUUUUCGAUAUAGUUGUCGUCAACGACGGGAAUUCGUAUGAGAAGACAACAGGAAUCUUUACUGCACCUUCUGACGGGACAUAUGGGUUUGCUUGGGCAACAUUAACCGAUCCAAAUAAAAUGGCUCAUCCCUACCUGAGGGUUAAUGGUCACUAUAAAGGAUUUACAGCAUUCAACAACUCCGCCACGUCACAGAGAUUUUGGAGUAGCGGCUCUAAUACAGUUCUAUUUCAACUGAAGAAAGGUGACAAAGUCAAUAUUGCUUCCGGAUAUGGGGCAGCAUAUGCAAGAGAAAGAUUUACUUCAUUUUCUGGAUUGAAGAUGCACUGAUU